CUGUGGACCACUGCUGCUGUACAGAUAUUCUACUCGACCGGUCCCGCUUGGGGUGGUCUCAUAACCAUGUCCUCCUACAACAAGCUGAAUAGAAAAUACAACAGGGAUGCAGUUCUGCUGCCGAUUAUUUGUGGAGCCACAAGUAUCUACGGUGGCAUAGCCAUAUUUUCGGUGAUAGGACACAUGGUGCACUCCAUGGGCAGUACCGAUGUGGCCGCAGUGAUGCAGUCGGGUCCGGGACUAGCCUUUUGUGUAUACCCAGAGGCGCUGGCCAAACUGCCCGGCGGAUCAAUCUGGUCAGUCCUCUUCUUCACCAUGCUUUUCUCUCUUGGUAUAGAUAGUCAGUUCAGCACCCUAGAAACAAUGACUAGCGGCUUUAUGGACCUAUUUCCCACUGUACUUGGCAGGCACAAAAUUCUCUUCACUCUUGGCACUUGCGUUGUGCUGUUUCUUCUUGGGCUGAUCUUAGUCACCCGCGUAAGUUACUUACCGCUUAUUCUGUCCUGCCCUUCUGAUUGA